AUGUUCACAGUCCUGACACGCCAGCCUUGUGGACGAGCAGGCCUCAAGACCUUCUCCAGAGUCCCAGCCAUCAUUACCUUGGUGGUCUUGCUGGUGAGCCUUAUAGUGCUUCUGACAAUUACAAUCAUCCAGAUUCACCACAGAGAGGUCCUCCUUCCAGGACUGAAGUAUGGAAUCGUGCUGGAUGCUGGGUCUUCCAGAACGACAAUCUACGUGUAUCAGUGGCCAUCGGAGAAGGAGAAUAAUACAGGAGUGGUCAGUGAAACCUUCAAAUGUAGUGUGAAAGGCUCCGGGAUCUCCAGCUAUGGGAGUAGUCCCCAGGAGGCCCCCAAAGCGUUCGAAAAUUGCAUGCAACAAGUAAAGAUGCAGAUUCCAGAGCAACUCCACAAAUCCACUCACCUUUACCUGGGAGCCACAGCUGGGAUGCGCUUGCUCAGGUUGCAAAAUGAAACCGCAGCCAAUGAAGUCCUUGCCAGCAUCGAAAAUUACUUCAACUCCCAGCCCUUUGAUUUUAGAGGUGCUCAAAUCAUUUCUGGGCAAGAUGAAGGGGUCUAUGGAUGGAUUACAGCCAACUAUUUAAUGGGAAAUUUCCUGGAGAAGAGCCUGUGGAAUAUGUGGGUGCAUCCCGAUGGAGCAAAGACCACAGGGGCCCUGGAUUUAGGUGGUGCUUCUACCCAGAUAUCCUUCGCAGUGGGAAAGAACUUGGAGCUGAACGCCAGUGGUAUCAUGCAAGUGUCUCUCUAUGGAUACACAUACAAGCUCUACACACACAGCUUCCAGUGCUAUGGGCGGAAUGAGGCUGAGAAGCAGCUUCAGGCAAUUUUACUUAAGAACGCUUCCACCCAAACCAGCCUCAUCAACCCCUGCUACCCUCGGAAUUACACCACCAACUUCACCAUGGAGAGAAUAUUUAAUAGCCCCUGCACAGAGGACCUGAAGCCCACCAACUACAAACAUGAUGACAUCAUCACUUUCAAAGGCAGUGGGGAUCCUUCACUGUGUAGAGACAUGGUGGCUCAACUAUUUGAUUUCAAGGCUUGCCAAGACCAAGAAAACUGUUCCUUUAAUGGUGUCUAUCAGCCAAAAGUUACGGGGUCAUUUAUGGCUUUUGCAGGAUUCUACUACACAGUCAGUGCUCUCAAUCUUUCGGAUAACUUUCCUCUGGAAACCUUCAACUCUAGCACCUGGAAUUUCUGCUCACAGAACUGGAGUCAGCUUCCAUUGCUGCUCCACAAGUUUAAUGAGAACUAUGCCCGCUCCUACUGCUUCUCUGCCCACUAUAUUUACCACUUGCUUGUGAAUGGAUACAAAUUCACUGAGGACACCUGGCACCACAUACAUUUUAAACAAGAGGUGGAGAACAGCAGCAUAGCCUGGUCUCUAGGCUAUAUGCUCAACCUCACCAAUCAAAUUCCAGCCGAAAGUCCUCUGAUCCACCUGCCCCUGCAGCCACAGGCUUUUUGGGGCAUCCUCAUCUUCUUUAUAGUGAUGGUCUUGAUGAGUCUGUCGUUUCUCGUAUACUUCUGUGCAUCAUCCAGGAAUCGAAGGCACCCCCAGCAUGCUUUUGACAAUGGAGUGGAUUCCGAAUGACCCUGGCAGAAGCAGCUCCUGGAGCUUGAAGGCUGCCCAGACCAACCUGGUGGCACCUGCCAGGACAAGGGAACUAUCAGGAAACAGAACUGAAGUCAAGGCCAGGUGCAUCUUCGAUACUGGUUUAGGCUGUAGCACCAUUUAGAAAGAUCUUCCAAAGUAGCAAAGACUUGUUGCUCCUCCUAAGAACCCACCAACAGUUUACUUAUCUACAGGGUAGCAGUGGAGGGACAGGCCUUUCUAGCAAAAUCAAGCUCUUUAUAUCAAGUGCCCCAGAAGAAAAAUAAGUUGAAGGUCCAAUAGUGUAAUGUUAAGGAAUUGACCCCAAUUGGUCUUUUUCUUCGUUUUGUAUUCCUGCCCAAUAAGUAUUUGGCCGUAUCACAUGUCUCAUUUUAUGGCUUCCUCCCAGUAGACCUUAACUAAAACGACCCUUUCCCAUAAACACAGCGCCUUCUCGGAUUGGUAGACUAUAGUAUCUGGAGGCACAGACUUACCCCCCAACGACUGUGGCAACAGUCAGGCUUCACCAGAAUCAGAAGGCUGAUUCUAAAGGAAAGAGAUACAUGAAAAGUCUCCUGGACAAAGCUAGGACAUUCCCAAAAUGGGAUUCCUACCCGGGCUCUCACAUGAGAUUGCAAUCUAUGUGUGUCUCCUCAUGCUCUCUCCCCUCCACACUGCUGUGUCCUCUGAGCAUUCUUGUACCCCUGGAGGGGGAGUAGGAGGCUGGCACACUUCCAUCUACCUAUCAUUUUAGACCCUUGCUUAGGACAGUCAUCUUGACACUAUUAUCAAGUGAGUCUCCCAGCCUCCCUUCCUCCAGACAGAUUCAAUUUACCACAGAGCACCUUUUCUGGGAUUUGCUGACCAGUUAUUUUGCUGGAUGCAAAAUAGCUAGAGUUCUUGACUCUCGGGACAGAGAGGACAG